AUGUGGACGUUCCGGAAAAUGGGCGAGAAAUACUACGUGAAGGCGACGAACUUUCCAAUAGAAACCAGUGCUUGGGAUCAGCAAUUCUAUGGUGAAGGCCUACCGAUGGCCGUGCUUCAGCGUGGCUCCGAUCCCGAAGUGACAAGGAUUGAAGCAUCACUCAAAAAAGAUAUCGAUUGCAUCAAAUAUCGAUAA